CAGGCAGCGACGCGGGCAGCCCGCGGGUCUUUCGAGUCAAUGCGGAAGCGGCCAGAGGUGUAGGAGCAGGAAAACCAAAACGAUCGUAGUAGGAUUGUAGAAAACCAAUAUUUUCUCUUAUAUUUUUAAUUCCACACAGCCAUUAAACAUUCAUUUAAAUCACCAUGAUUUUGUUGGAAAUCAACAAUCGGAUCAUAGAGGAGACUCUCACCCUGAAAUUCGACAGCGCGAGCAACGGGAAUAAGCCUGAAGCCGUAGAGGUUACGUUUGCAGACUUUGAUGGUGUGCUUUACCACAUCUCCAACCCCAAUGGAGACAAAACUAAAGUAAUGGUCAGCAUCUCUCUCAAGUUCUUCAAGGAGCUUCAGGAGCACGGCGCCGAUGAGGUACGAGAAAUAAUCACGAAACCUGUCAAAAACAUGAAUAAGCCUGAAGCCGUAGAGGUUACGUUUGCAGACUUUGAUGGUGUGCUUUACCACAUCUCCAACCCCAAUGGAGACAAAACUAAAGUAAUGGUCAGCAUCUCUCUCAAGUUCUUCAAGGAGCUUCAGGAGCACGGCGCCGAUGAGGUACGAGAAAUAAUCACGAAACCUGUCAAAAACAUGUAUAUCGAGGCUAAGAAAGACAGAGUAACUGUUGUGUUCAGCACAGUGUUCAAGGAUGACGACGAUGUCAUCAUCGGGAAAGUGUUCAUGCAGGAGUUUAAGGAGGGCAGGAGGGCCAGUCACACGGCUCCUCAGGUGCUGUUCAGUCACAGAGAACCUCCUCUGGAGCUAAAGGACACCGACGCCACAGUGGGAGACAACAUCGGCUACAUCACUUUUGUGCUGUUUCCUCGACACACCAACGCCAACACCAGAGACAACACCAUCAACCUCAUCCACACCUUCCGGGACUAUCUGCACUACCACAUAAAGUGCUCCAAGGCUUACAUCCACACUCGCAUGAGGUCCAAGACCUCGGACUUCCUGAAGGUACUCAACCGAGCUCGCCCGGACGCUGAGAAAAAAGAGAUGAAAACUAUUUCGGGCAAGACCUUCUCCCGUUAAGGACAUGAUGUGCAAUCACGAGACCAGCAUCUGUGGACUCCAUCGUACACCUCUGGCCAGUGAUGUCAAUCCUCCACCUGUAAAUUGCACCUCAACAGGGAGACAAAAAUGUAUUUCUCGCUUUGCGUUUAUAGGAUAAAUGUCAUUUGUAUGGCGGAUAAAUGUUUUUUUUUUGAUACACUCUUAUGUUUCAUUGCGUAGCUCUGU